AUGGCAGCCGCCACCGCCUUGCUCCGCUCUCUCCGACGCCGCGACCUUCCCACUUCCUCUCUCUCCGCCUUUCGAUCGUUGACAAGCGGAACGAAGACAUCUUAUGUAGGUCACAAGUGGGCUAGUUUGUCUCGACCAUUCAGUUCAAAGCCUGCUGGUAAUGAUGUCAUUGGAAUUGAUCUGGGUACUACCAAUUCAUGUGUGGCUGUUAUGGAGGGAAAGAAUCCAAAAGUCAUUGAGAAUUCUGAAGGAGCACGAACAACACCAUCUGUCGUUGCCUUUAACCAGAAAGGGGAGCUUCUUGUUGGUACACCAGCCAAGCGUCAGGCUGUGACUAACCCAACAAACACUCUUUUCGGAACCAAGCGACUGAUCGGUAGGCGGUUUGAUGAUCCCCAAACUCAGAAGGAGAUGAAGAUGGUACCAUUCAAGAUUGUUAGGGCACCCAACGGAGAUGCUUGGGUUGAAGCCAAUGGCCAGCAGUACUCUCCCAGCCAAAUUGGUGCUUUUGUUCUCACCAAGAUGAAGGAAACUGCUGAAUCAUAUCUUGGAAAGUCAGUUUCAAAAGCUGUAAUUACUGUACCAGCUUACUUCAAUGAUGCUCAAAGGCAAGCAACAAAAGAUGCUGGUAGAAUUGCUGGUCUUGAUGUUCAGAGAAUCAUCAAUGAGCCCACUGCUGCUGCACUUUCAUAUGGGAUGAACAACAAGGAGGGUCUCAUUGCAGUUUUUGAUCUUGGAGGUGGAACUUUUGAUGUGUCCAUAUUAGAGAUUUCUAAUGGUGUUUUUGAGGUGAAAGCAACUAAUGGUGACACUUUCUUGGGAGGAGAGGAUUUUGAUAAUGCUUUAUUGGACUUUCUGGUGAAUGAAUUCAAAAGAUCUGAGAGUAUUGACCUUUCAAAGGAUAGGCUUGCCUUGCAGAGGCUUCGGGAAGCUGCGGAGAAAGCAAAAAUAGAACUAUCUUCAACAUCUCAAACAGAAAUCAAUCUUCCUUUCAUCACUGCUGAUGCAUCUGGUGCAAAGCAUCUGAACAUCACAUUGACAAGAUCCAAGUUUGAGGCUUUGGUUAACCACUUGAUUGAAAGGACAAAGGCACCGUGUAAGAGCUGCUUGAAGGAUGCUAACGUAUCCAUCAAGGAUGUUGAUGAGGUUCUUCUUGUUGGAGGGAUGACCCGUGUGCCUAAAGUCCAGGAGGUGGUUUCAGAGAUCUUUGGAAAGAGUCCUAGCAAAGGAGUAAAUCCUGAUGAGGCAGUUGCCAUGGGAGCAGCUAUUCAGGGUGGUAUCUUACGUGGAGAUGUUAAAGAGCUGUUACUCCUAGAUGUCACUCCACUUUCUCUGGGUAUUGAGACUUUGGGUGGUAUAUUUACCAGGUUGAUCAACCGUAACACCACAAUUCCUACAAAAAAGAGCCAGGUGUUUUCAACAGCAGCUGACAAUCAGACUCAGGUUGGUAUUAAGGUUCUACAAGGGGAGCGGGAAAUGGCUACAGACAACAAAACGCUUGGAGAAUUUGAGCUUGUUGGCAUUCCUCCUGCCCCAAGAGGUAUGCCUCAGAUUGAAGUCACAUUCGACAUAGAUGCCAACGGGAUUGUUACUGUCUCUGCCAAAGACAAAUCCACUGGGAAAGAACAGCAAAUCACCAUCCGAUCAUCUGGAGGACUCUCAGAAGAUGAGAUCGAUAAGAUGGUCAGAGAAGCAGAGUUGCAUGCUCAGAGAGACCAAGAAAGAAAGGCUCUCAUUGACAUUAGAAACAGUGCAGAUACAACCAUCUACAGCAUUGAGAAGAGUUUAGGAGACUACAGAGAGAAGAUUCCCAGUGAAGUGGCCAAAGAGAUUGAAGAUGCAGUAUCAGAUUUGAGAACGGCAAUGGCAGGGGACAAUGCUGAUGAAAUUAAGUCAAAGCUUGACGCAGCAAACAAAGCUGUCUCCAAGAUUGGACAGCACAUGUCAGGUGGUUCUAGUGGUGGUUCCUCAACUGGAGGUUCUCAGGGUGGUGACCAAGCUCCUGAGGCGGAGUAUGAGGAAGUCAAGAAGUGA